UUAUCUUUAGAGUGAAUACUUUUCUCCUUUUGUUCCUGUAUAAAGGCAAGAUACUAAUCGCAGAUUUAGAAACAGUAGAUACUUUCCAUGACGUUGGAUCUGCCAUCAAAAAGCUGUAAGCAUGUCGAAUGUAAUGGUAAUAACACAGCCCCAGCCUACAAUGAUCUCUGCCCAUUCUGAUCAUUGGGGUUCAGAUAUUUGUGACUGCUGCGAUGACGUGCCUGAAUGUUGCUUUGCUUUCUGGUGUUUCUCGUGUUACACAUGCAUUCAAGCCAGAAACUAUGGUGAGUGUUUAUGUCUCCCUCUGCUGGAUAUCUUCUGUGGCGGAAUGAUUCCACCCAUCACCAUGUCGAUUAGGACCUCGAUGCGACAGCGGUAUGGCAUACAGGGCACCAUGUGUAAUGACUGUGUGUUGUCCACAUUCUGCAGACCCUGUGUUUGGUGUCAAAUGUCCAGAGAAAUGAAAGAACGGGAUUUACAAAUUGCUCUUAUUCGCACUAGAAAUUUAUGAAGUCUUAUUACACUACUGCAAAGAUGCCUGCGGGCGGUGGUCCUUAAAAUGAAGAAAAUCAUAAACAAUAUGUCAGAAUCAGGGGUUAUAAAUACUUACUAUCGACUGGUCAUUUUAUUAUGCAUUUAUAUCAUACGAUGCCAUUGUUUUUACAUCUCUUUUGAUGUAUUUUGUGAUUAAACACAAUGCUAUUUAAAUUAGCUAUUUCUAAUGGAAAGAAAAAGAUGGAUAUAUUGUCACAUAUUGUAAUGUUUACCAAGAUAUCCAUCUUAUCAUUAUAGUUUCUAAUCAGCAUCACUAAUAAAAUAACAUUAUUACACUGUAAGAAAUUCUAUCAUCAAUUAGUCCUAUAUGUUUUAGGUCAUUGUAACUUACUAAACUAAGUUAAUCUUGUUCUAACUUAAUUUUAUAAGUUAUGCAAGCUGAUUGUCAGUUUAACAUAAUAUAAGUACAAUGGACUCAUAAGGUUAGUUUGAUUCAGCUUCUUUUUUUUUUUUUUUUGCAUUGAAUGUAUCUUUAUGGAAAUGUUGUUGGAAUGUUGUAUAUAAUUUAUGGCACAAUAAAUGUUUAUAUGAAAAGA